AUGCCGACUGUUCGCGUGCAGGGUGGUCGCAACGUGCAAUACACGGAGGAGGCCAUAACAGCCAAAUACGUGUACCGCACGACGCGCGUCAAGAAGGAAUCCGAGGAGGAGGUGAUUGUGGGGCCGGUAAACGUUGCGUUGCGAUUUCGCACACUUCGAAAAAGAGCGAAAUGUGGUCUCAUGAUGGUGGGGUGGGGCGGGAACAAUGGAUCAACCGUGACAGCGGGUAUUCUGGCCAACAAGCAUGGAUUGACGUGGCGCACAAAGAAGGGGGUUUUGCAUCCAAACUAUUUUGGAUCCAUCACGCAGUCCAGCACGCUGAAUUUGGGGAUGACAAGUGACAUGAAGGAGGUGUUUGUACCGCUGAAGGAUGUUGUGCCGAUGAUAAACCCGAAUGAUCUCGCCAUUGGUGGGUGGGAUUGCAGUGGAAUGAACCUUGUCGAUGCGAUGCACCGUGCUCAGGUGUUGGAUGUUGCUCUCCAGGAUGCACUGUAUGAAUACAUGCGGGACAUGAAGCCCUUGCCUGCCGUUUUUGACCUGGAUUUUGUGGCGGAAAAUCAGCAGGAGCGUGCCGAUAACAUUUUAUCCGUGCAACACAAGUGGGAGGCAGUGGAGAAGCUGCGGUCCGACAUCCGCACAUUUAAGAAGGUGCAUGAGCUGGACAAAGUCAUUGUACUCUGGACAGCCAACACCGAGCGCUUCUCCGAUCACACUAAAGGCGUACACGACACGGCGGACAACCUGCUGGCCGCGGUAAAGCGCAACGAGAAGGAAAUUGCGCCAUCCGCACUCUACGCAAUGGCUGCCAUACUGGAGGGUUGCAGUUACAUUAACGGUGCGCCCCAGAACACGCUGUGCCCGGGCCUUGUUGACCUUGCACGUCGACAUGGUGUUUUUGUUGGAGGGGACGACUUUAAGAGUGGGCAAACUAAAAUCAAAAGCGCGUUGGUGGAAUUUUUUGUUGCGGCUGGUAUCAAGCCAGAGUGCAUUGCGAGCUACAAUCACCUUGGAAACAACGAUGGGCAUAACUUGGCUGCGCCGAAGCAGUUCCGCUCAAAGGAGAUUACAAAGAGCAGUGUGGUGGAUGACAUGGUGGCGUCGAAUAAAUUGCUCUAUCCUCCUGGCAGCAAGGGACCUGACCACUGUAUUGUCAUCAAGUACAUGCCAUACGUGGGCGACAGCAAGCGUGCCAUGGAUGAGUACACGUUUUCUAUAUUUAUGGGUGGGUCACAAACGGUGGUGCUGCACAACACGUGUCAAGACUCUCUGUUGGCAGCGCCGCUUAUUAUUGAUCUUGUGGUCUUGACGGAGCUAAUGGAACGAGUCUUUGUAAAGAUAGAAGAUGGGGAAUGUGAGGAAUGUGAUGGCACUUCGGAGUCAUCGUAUGUACAAAUGGAUACAGUGCUGUCGAUUUUGUCGUAUCUCCUAAAGGCGCCAUGUGUACCCGAGGGCACACCCGUGGUGAAUGCAUUGAAUCGACAGAAACAAGCCAUUGAUAAUUUGCUACGCGCUCUUGUGGGUCUUCCGCCGGAUAACAACAUGCUGCUGGAGUGCAGCCUCCCUUCCUUGCGCGGCAUGAGUCAACAGUAA